CCAGCGCUGGCUCAGUCUCCGCCUCAGGUUCCGGGGGAGCGGAGCAGAUCCCGGGCUCACUCUUCCGCUUCCCCUUCCUACCCGGCUUCCCCCCACACACUUUAGACCCUAGGGAGGCCAGAGGGAAAGGUGGCUUCCUGAUAUCUAAAGAUGGGAAACGUCAAGGAAAGAAAAACUGAUCAAAACCAAAUAGAAGAAACAGAAAACACGGGGAAAGAGGCAGUGUGAUCUUGACUGAAAAUACACACAAAGGGAGAGGUGUGCAGCUGAAGGAAGCGUGUGUGACUUAGCCCCGCUGUGCUUGGGCUCCGCUGAGCAGUCAGGCGGAUAGGACCCCCCAAACCACCAGCUUCCCAUCCCUGCACCGCGAAACUGCCCUGGUCAGCGGUCAGCCUCCACCACCCGCGGCUCGCCAGCUCUCCUCCCCUGCAUUCGUUCAGCUAGCACUAAGUCCCCGUGGCUGUUUCUCUCCCUCCUGCCCUUCCUUUCUCCCCCGACUUCUCCAUUCCAUCCCUCACUUUCUCCUGCACGGUCACAAGUGUCUCACUCAGUUCUCUCCCACCCCUCCGCCCCACUCGGGUGCGAUGUCUCCACCUAGCCGGUUCCAAUCCCUAACCCUGGCGCACUGAUCAGCCUGCCACCGUUCCGCCAGUUCAGAGCGGCGCGCUCAGCCCUGCCUGCUCCCUUUGCUCAUCCCAGGCUUCGGACCCUGACUAAUGGCUGUCCCUGCUGUGUGUGGGGUGCUGUCUUUUUCUUGUCUCUCCCCAGCAGGGCACGGGGGUGUGAACCAGCUCGGGGGGGUGUUUGUGAACGGCCGGCCCCUGCCCGACGUGGUGAGGCAGCGCAUCGUGGAGCUGGCCCACCAGGGCGUGCGGCCCUGCGACAUCUCCAGGCAGCUGCGGGUCAGCCACGGCUGCGUCAGCAAAAUCCUGGGCAGGUACUAUGAGACUGGCAGCAUCAAGCCUGGAGUGAUCGGUGGCUCGAAGCCCAAAGUGGCAACCCCUAAAGUGGUGGACAAGAUUGCUGAAUACAAGCGGCAGAACCCAACCAUGUUCGCCUGGGAGAUCCGUGACCGGCUCCUGGCUGAGGGCAUCUGCGACAAUGACACAGUGCCCAGCGUCUCCUCCAUCAACAGGAUCAUCCGGACCAAAGUUCAGCAGCCUUUCCACCCAACACCAGACGGGGCGGGCACGGGAGUGAGUACCUCCGGCCAUACCAUCGUUCCCAGCACGGCCUCCCCUCCUGUUUCCAGCGCCUCCAAUGACCCAGUGGGAUCCUACUCCAUCAAUGGGAUCCUGGGGAUCCCUCGCUCCAAUGGUGAGAAGAGGAAACGUGAUGAAGAUGUGUCAGAGGGCUCAGUCCCCAAUGGCGACUCCCAGAGUGGUGUGGACAGUUUGAGGAAGCACUUGCGAGCUGACACCUUCACCCAGCAGCAGCUGGAGGCUCUGGAUCGAGUCUUUGAGCGCCCGUCCUACCCUGAUGUCUUCCAGGCAUCAGAGCACAUCAAAUCAGAACAGGGGAAUGAGUACUCCCUCCCAGCACUGACCCCUGGGCUUGAUGAAGUCAAAUCAGGUCUGUCUGCAUCCACCAACCCGGAUCUGGGCAGCAACGUGUCAGGCACACAGACGUACCCUGUCGUGACCGGUCGUGACAUGGCAAGCACCACUCUGCCUGGUUACCCCCCGCAUGUGCCCCCCACUGGCCAAGGAAGCUAUCCCACCUCCACCCUGGCAGGAAUGGUUCCUGGUAGGUGACAAUGCUGCAGCUGCCUAACAGAUGGGGUAACGACACAGUGGAUGAGCUUCUGAGUGGUCUGCCUCCGAGGCUGGGGUGGAGGGGACCCAGCACCCACUCUCUCCAAACUCGGUCAUUUGCUCCCUCUCUCUGCCUAGAGGCUGCAAGUGGUCCCUCAUCCUUCCUCAUGAGCAACUCAGACAGGAAGCUUGAGGAAGUGCCCUUCACUAUACAUCGAGGCCCCUCCCCAGCACCCACCCACUGCCAGGAGCAAUGGCCACCUCCACCAGCUGACUCCACUUCCAAGAGCCUGUCCUGGUUUCCAUGGAAACUUGGAGCCAAGAACCAUUUGCAGGGCCACGUCAUUCAGCCAGACAAAGCCACCCUGGGCCACACCAAGUACAGGGAAGACCAAUGUGGAGGACCAACCCAAUCCAGAGAGGAGGGAGUGAAGCCCCUAAGAGGAACCGAGACAGGUUAUGGCAGGAGCCAGAGAGGUUGGCUUCAGAGAGAUGAGCUAGAACACCCCCAUAUCUCUCCUAAGGACUUAGGCCCUUGCUGCUCUUCCGAGGCCCUGAGCCACCCCUUGCCUGUGAGGUAUGGGAUUCGAGUCAUGCAAGUUGGAAGCAGUGGCUGAUGCCUGAGGCUGGUGGUAGUGCUGUCCUAGCCUUCACCCAGACUGACGCCAAAGAGUAGAAGUUCCUAUCUGCAGAAACCCAAAAACUUUUGGUCUUACAGAGGGUAAGACUCACCCCAGCUUACAACCACUGCCCCAGGGGCGGUCUUGUGUGCCCUGACCCUGAAGUACAACUGUCCGUGGUAGGGGCAGAGGGAGAGGUCAGAAGAGGGCGAUUGGCUGCGUCUAUCCAGGGAAAGCCCUGGGUAGAGAGCUUAGGGUGGGAGUGAAGCAAAGCCGGGAAGCUGCAGGGUGCUAGGAACAGGGCCGGUUGUCAGUGAAAGGAGUCCUGCCCAAACCUGGAGAGGCAGGAGCAUUGUUGGGGGACAGACCGACUCUUGGGGUAAGGUUCCAGCAGUGAG